AUGGGGAAGAAAGACAAGAGCGAGAAGAGCGAGAAGAAGAAAGAGUCGCUCGACUACACUAUCAAGCCCGAGGAUGUCACCCCGAAGAUCGACACCUCUAACUGGCCUCUGCUCCUCAAGAACUAUGACAAGCUCAACAUCCGCACUGGACAUUACACGCCCAUCCCCAACGGAUGCUCUCCACUGAAGCGUCCGAUCUUGGAGUAUGUCAGGUAUGGAGUCAUCAAUCUCGACAAGCCAGCAAACCCUUCCUCGCACGAGGUGGUCGCUUGGAUUCGCAGGAUUCUUCGUGUGGACAAGACAGGUCACAGUGGAACUUUGGAUCCCAAGGUUACUGGCUGCCUCAUCGUGUGCGUUGAGAGAGCCACGAGGUUGGUCAAGUCGCAGCAGGGAGCAGGAAAGGAGUACGUCUCCAUUGCUCGCCUCCACGGCGCCAUUGAGAGUGAGAACAAGUUCGCCAAGGCAUUGGAGAAGCUGAAAGGAGCUAUCUUCCAGAGGCCGCCUCUCAUCUCUGCCGUCAAGAGGCAGCUGCGUAUCAGGACCAUCUACGAGAGCAAGAUGAUCGAAUUCGACAAGGAGCGCAACCUGGGGGUGUUCUGGAUCAGCUGUGAGGCUGGAACGUACGUAAGGACCAUGUGCGUUCAUAUCGGUCUGCUCCUUGGAGUGGGUGGCCACAUGCAGGAGCUCCGUCGUGUUCGCUCUGGAGCCCUGACUGAGCACGACAACCUGAUGACGAUGCACGAUGUGCUCGAUGCCCAGUGGAUGUACGACACGUACAAGGACGAGUCGUACCUUCGCCGCGUGAUCCUUCCGCUCGAGAGGCUGCUCACUGGCUACAAGAGGGUUGUUGUGAAGGACAGCGCGGUGAACGCCAUCUGCUACGGCGCAAAGUUGAUGAUCCCUGGUCUGCUGAGGUUCGAGGACGGGAUCGAGAUCGGGACUGAAAUCGUCAUGAUCACCACAAAGGGCGAAGCUAUCUGCCUCGGCAUCGCUCAGAUGACCACCGCUGUGAUGGCCACCUGCGACCAUGGCGUCGUCGCCAAGAUCAAGCGCGUGAUCAUGGAAAGGGACACGUACCCGAGGAGGUGGGGCCUGGGCCCUCAGGCGAAAGCGAAGAAGCAGAUGAUCAUUGAUGGCAAGCUCGACAAGUACGGCCGCCCCAACGCCAACACCCCGUCCAACUGGCAGAACCUGUACAAGGAUCUGUCGGGCAACCAGAGCACUCCGGCCAAGGUUGAGAGUCAGAAGGAGGAAGAACCAGCUUCCAAGAAGAGGAAGAAGGAGCGAGAAAAUAGCGACACAGACGAAGACGAGAAGAAGAAGGAGAAGAAAGAAAAGAAGGAAGAGAAGAAGGAGAAGAAAGACAAGAAGAAGAAAAAGAAGGAUUCUGAUUCUGAGUCAGAUUAA